AUGAGUGUUAAGCUUGAAAACUUUGGAGAUUUGCACAAAUGGUCCAAGGAACUCCUCGAUGACGAUUACAAUCAUGGUCAAUAUGUCGUCAUUAAGACAAAGAACGUUGCUGCUGAGAGUAACUCUGAGGUUAGCUCAACCACUAAACUCAGUACUGCUGAUAAGACUUCUGGAGAUUCAAAGGUCGGUUUAGAAGUUAAGUUCAAGGGUAGCGUUAGAGGAGUCUCAUUGGAGGGAGUUCAGAAGAAUGAUGGUACCAAUACUCUUGAAGUGAAGAGCGAUUAUCUUGAGAGAGCUUCCAAAAUCAAGGGACUCUAAUUACUCGCCAAUUUCUCCGGUGUAGCCAUUCCAACAAACUAAGCUUUUGUAGCAAAAGCAGGUCUUGAAUACAACACUAGCUGCUGCAAAGGAAAGCUUAUUGCUAACUUGAGAUCAUUCUUAGUAGAGCACAACUUUACUCAUAAAGCAAGAAGCAACUUCUUGCUAGGCUACAAUAUUAUCCUUGAUCCAGUCACUCAAAACCUUGAGAAAUAUGAUUAUGGUCUUUCUUGGUCACCAGCUGAAGGUGCUUUUGUUGGUCUUAGACACGAAUCUCUUUCUAAAGAGAAACUUUAAUUAGGAAAAGUUUUAUUCCUCCUCCACCAUAACGUCUCAACUUCAAGAUCUAUUGGCAGUGAAUUUGCCUUUAACUACUCAACUAAUGAAAAAGAUGCAAGACUUGGACUCUCAGAAAAAAUUGAUGAUGAUACCCAACUAAAGGUCAAGGUAAAUCACAAAGCAUAUGUCGACCUUGUCUUAAAGCGCAGAAUCAACAGCGUCCUCACCCUAGGCUUAGUCUCAGGAUUCAAUGCUCUCAGAGUCGUCUAAGAACAAAAGACAGGAACCCUCCCUCUAGGUUUUUCAUUGGACUUCAAGUUCUGA